AUGACCCAAAUCCUCACCUUCCCCAACGUCACCGGAACAGGCACCACGCACAUCGGCGGCAUCGCCCGCGACCCCCACACCGGUUUCUACAUGAUCCUCACCGACCCAGCCGCAGCAUGGGCCACCGAAGGCGCGGACCUGACAGGUGACCACCUGUUGAUCAAGUACAAUCCCCUUACCUCUUGCACCCUCUGGACCAUGAACUUAACCACCGUCACCCACGAAAAGUACGGCGGGUUCCAAGACGUCGAGACCGACAGACGAGGGAACACCUAUGUGGUGGGGACCUUUCCUGGCACGAUACUCCUGGUAGAUAAAUACGGCCGGGAGAUUAAAGGAUGGUAUCUCCCUUCCCCCUUUCCGACUCCCGUACCAGGAGUGCCGUUUACGAAAAGGGGUUUUGGCGGGCUAGCUGCCGUGCCUGGAACAAACAUCUGUUACGAUCCAAUAGGAGACCACUUAUGUAAGCAGCUAGGUAGACUAAUCAGGGCCGCGCCAGGGGAACGCCCGUGGCGGUGCCGGUGUCGCCCAGGGUGCUGUAUAGCAAUACCGACGCCAUUUAUCUGCCGCCUAAAUAUGGCGGGAAAGGUGUUGCUGGUGGCUAGUUGGGGAUUAGGGGUGCAGGUGUUGAGGUCGAAGAAAGCAGAGAAAAAGUGGGAGAGGGCAGAGUAUUUGGGGACGGUGGCGGUGGAGUAUCCCGUGGAUGAAGAGUUUCCGCAGAUCGGACCGGAGAGCUUGUAUGUUAUACUGGCGUUUGGGGAUUUUCCGUGGGUAGAGGGGGCGGGCGGGAGGAGGAGGUUUCCGAUGCCGGACAUUACGCGGGAGGUUGAGGCGCUGUUGAGGAAGUGA